AUGCUAGAGCUACUACCGACGCUGAGUCUCAUGUGGCUAUCGAAAUGGACUGCUUCGGGUUUCGACCCGAUGUCUGAACCCCCAUGGUCUUCUGGGAUGCUCGAGACCCAUGAGCUUUAUAUGCCGGAUAUGCAGAUAGGCAAGCUGACAUUGUUGCCAAUCAAGGAGGAAGUUCAAUCUCCCGAGUUGUGUUCAGGAUCCCGCUAUACAGGAGUUUCUGAAGCAAGAUUCCUGUGCUUUCGACAGUCACAAGUUGUACAUGAUUGUCGGCAUUAUGAUUGCGAAACGUCACUCUGUCCCACCUCAAACAAGCCAAAAAUUACUUCCCAUUCAAGCAAUCUGAGCCGAGGAUUCUUGCACCGUCUGAAUGGCCUUGCAUCAACGGAGCAGGAGGGAUUGAGCUCAGUGCACAUGACCCUUACCCUUCGUGCGCCUUCCCCAAAGAAGGCGGAGUAUUUCCCAACUAGAGAAAGGGCUGAAGAGGCAAGGCGAUCCAAGCUCCUCAAGCACGAGCAAGGCCCUUCGAGCCCUUCGCAGAAGCCUUCCAACAAGCAAUGA